CAGCUGUUAACGGUCCCACCACCCAAGGCUCUUUCCCUCUUAACUGGACAGUUACUUCGGUACAGCUGUCUAGCGGCGAGGUUUAAUUGUUCCGAGAUUCAUGGAUCAGUGUUUUUCUUUACGCGCUAAAGUGGAAGACGCGCUAGCGAUUAACAAUUUACUAGCAGACCGCGUUUUCUACAUAAGAAUCCACUCCGCUCAAUGUCUCCCUUCCCAAAAAAAACAUCUUCCAUUCAACAUCAACCACAAUAGGCCAUAAUAUCAUAAAUCAUACAUUACAUCUGCAUGCUUCUUGCAUACAGAUAGUUGUGGCUUGGUAUCAAUUAUUCUAAUUGAUUAAUACCUAUUCAUACCUUUUCCUCAGUUGCUUCGUUGACAUAUUUUUCCACUUCUCCGCCACUCUCCUUUUUUCUUCUCUCGGGUCCUUCGCACCCCGACCUUCACGAUGUAUGUCAAAAAGCGUGAUGGACGCCAGGAGCGCGUUCAAUUCGACAAGAUCACAGCUCGUGUCUCGAGGCUAUGUUACGGUCUCGACACAGACCAUGUCGAUCCUGUUGCCAUUACGCAAAAGGUCAUCUCCGGUGUUUACGGAGGUGUUACCACGGUACAACUCGAUGAUCUCGCAGCCGAGACCGCCGCGUACAUGACCGUUACACACCCCGACUAUGCCAUCCUAGCUGCACGUAUUGCCGUGUCCAACCUACACAAGCAGACCAAGAAGCAAUGGUCUUCUGUCAUCAGUGAUCUCUACCACUAUGUCAACCCCAAAAAUAGGAAGGCUUCUCCUAUGAUUUCUAAGGAAACAUAUGAGUGUGUUAUGAGACACAAGGAGGACUUUGACUCCGCUAUCGUCUAUGACCGAGAUUUCAACUACCAAUACUUCGGUUUUAAGACUCUAGAGCGAUCUUAUCUACUCAAACUCAAUGAGAAGAUCGUAGAGAGACCGCAGCACAUGAUCAUGCGUGUAGCUGUCGGUAUCUGGGGUGAUGAUGUAGAGAAGGUCAUUCAGACGUACAACCUCAUGUCGAGCAAGUACUUCACGCAUGCUUCUCCCACACUGUUCAACGCAGGAACGCCCCAGGCACAGCUGUCAUCUUGCUUCCUUGUCGACAUGAAGGAUGACAGCAUUGAGGGUAUUUAUGACACUCUCAAGGCUUGCGCCAUGAUCUCCAAGAUGGCUGGUGGUAUUGGUCUUAACAUCCACCGCAUUCGUGCUACUGGUUCGUACAUUGCUGGCACAAACGGCACCUCGAACGGUAUUGUACCCAUGCUCCGUGUCUUCAAUAACACUGCAAGAUACGUAGAUCAGGGUGGCAACAAACGCCCUGGUGCUUUUGCCAUCUACCUUGAGCCUUGGCACUCGGAUGUAUUCGAGUUCCUAGACCUCCGCAAGAACCACGGAAAGGAGGAAGUCCGUGCUCGUGAUCUUUUCCUCGCUCUCUGGAUUCCUGAUCUCUUCAUGAAGCGCGUCGAGAAGAAUGGCGAGUGGACUCUUAUGUGCCCCAACGAAUGCCCUGGCCUAGCCGACGUCUAUGGUGAUGAGUUUGAGGCUUUGUACGAGAAGUAUGAGGCCGAAGGUCGCGGUCGCCAGAAGAUCAAGGCCCAGAAGCUAUGGUAUGCCAUUCUCGAAGCUCAGACCGAGACUGGUAAUCCCUUCAUGCUUUACAAGGAUCACUGCAACCGCAAGAGCAACCAGAAGAACCUUGGUACCAUUCGCAGCUCAAAUUUGUGCACUGAGAUCGUGGAGUACUCGGCCCCCGAUGAGGUGGCUGUUUGUAACUUGGCUUCUCUUGCCCUGCCGUCAUAUGUUGACUACAACGAGGGUGUUUACGACUUCCAGAAACUUCAUGAGGUUACCCAGGUUGUCGUCCACAACCUGAACAGGAUCAUUGAUGUCAACUACUAUCCCGUCCAGGAGGCCCGCAACAGCAACAUGCGCCACCGUCCCAUUGGUCUUGGUGUCCAGGGUCUUGCCGAUACCUUCCUUGCACUACGCAUGCCUUUCGAGUCGCCGGAAGCCAGACAAUUGAACAAGCAAAUCUUUGAGACAAUCUACCACGCCGCUUUGACUGCAUCUUCCGAUAUUGCCAAGGUUGAAGGUGCCUACUCUACCUAUGAGGGCUCUCCUGUCUCGCAGGGUAUCCUCCAAUAUGACAUGUGGAAUGUCACUCCAUCUGAUCUCUGGGAUUGGACGAGUCUAAAGGAGAAGAUCAAGCAAACUGGUGUACGCAACAGUUUGUUGGUUGCGCCUAUGCCCACAGCCAGCACCUCCCAGAUUCUGGGCAACAACGAAUGCUUCGAGCCUUACACUUCGAACAUUUACUCUCGUCGUGUCCUUGCUGGCGAGUUCCAAGUUGUCAACCCCUGGUUGCUAAAGGACCUUGUUGACAUGGGUCUUUGGUCCGAUGGCAUGAAGAACCGCAUCAUCGCCGAAGGUGGUUCGAUCCAAAACAUCCCUAACAUCCCUGCGGAUAUCAAGUCACUUUACAAGACCGUUUGGGAGAUCUCUCAGAAGACUGUUGUCCAGAUGGCUGCCGACCGAGGUGCUUUCAUUGACCAAUCUCAGUCACUCAACAUCCACAUGAGAGAACCCACAAUGGGCAAGAUCACUAGCAUGCAUUUCACUGGCUGGAAGCUUGGCCUGAAGACUGGCAUGUACUAUCUCCGCACCCAAGCUGCUGCGGCACCCAUCCAAUUCACCGUAGACCAAGAGGCUCUCAAGGUUGCGGACUCGAACGCAGCUAAGUCAGGCAUGCUCAAGAAACGAGCUCCCCCUGGCAACUACAACUCUUCCGCUUCUACCAGCCUUUCUAGACCCGUAUAUACCAAGCGAGAAGACUCUAACAACAGUCUGGCUGCGCCGGCUCCUAACGGGAUCCCGACGCCCAGUACCACCCCUCCCCCAGUUGUAGAGGUAAAGGCAGCUGCUAGACCAGUUGCCUCGCCGAACAAGGCCGUGCCUUUCAAGGCGGAUGUCGAGGAAGGCGAGAGUCCUAAGGCUCUAGCCACAGAGCCAUCGGAGAAUGUGAAGGCGGAGCAGCUACCUGAGCCAGCUAUCGACGCACAAAAGUCUCCUGGUCAAGAUGAAGACAAGGCGGACAAGAGCAAAGAGCGUGAGUAUGACAUCUACGCUGAUGCCGUCCUAGCUUGCAGCAUCGAGAACCCCGAGUCUUGCCUGAUGUGCAGUGGUUAAAACAUCCUAAUGAUGAAAGAAGUGAUGAAGAUACGUGGCUGACGAUGGACAUAAUGGAAAUUCAGUUGCUUAUGACCCUGGUCUGCCUGGCGCACUGCUAGGGCCUGAUGGGGAGAGCAACACAAUAAAUGCUACGCAUCAAUGCGAUUGUAUAAUGAUUUAGGGUUAAGGGGCUUUUCUUCAGUUCCUGCGCAUGGGUUUGAUGACUUCCGGAGUUUUCAUAGUCAGUUCUUCCGACGCAUAAUUUGCGUUAUCACGAUGCCCUUCAGCGCAUUUAGUACCUAAGUAGCGGAUAGUGUCCGCUGCUUUUCUACUUAGGAAUAGAUCAAUAAAAAAUGAUAAUGAAUACAU